GAGAGUAGUAGCGGUGAGCUAGGGAGGAUCAUCAAUAGAGGCAGGCAGGAGACAUGCGGCCGCGCAGAUUCACAUUCGGGAGGGCGGAUGAGGCAAGCCAUCCCGAUUCCAUCCGAGCCACCAUCUCCGAGUUCAUCUCGACUCUCAUCUUUGUCUUUGCUGGAGAAGGCUCUGUCCUCGCUCUUGGUAAGAUCUACACGGACACAUCAGCAACGGCAUCUGGUCAGGUGGUGGUGGCCGUGGCCCAUGCGUUGGCCUUAUUUGUGGCCGUAGCCGUCUCAUGCAACAUAUCCGGUGGCCAUGUUAACCCAGCUGUGACUUUCGGUGCACUAGUUGGUGGUAGGAUCUCCGUCCUCUUAGCCUUCUAUUACUGGAUAGCUCAGCUCUUGGGUGCCGUUGUCGCAUCUCUUUUGCUCAGGCUCUGCACACAUGGAAUGAGGCCGGUGGGCUUUUCGGUGGCGUAUGGAGUAGGCGAAGGGAAUGCGCUUUUGCUGGAGAUCGUGAUGACAUUUGGGCUGAUGUACACAGUAUAUGCAACAGCCAUUGAUCCAAAGAGAGGUAGUUUGGGGACGAUAGCACCCUUGGCUAUUGGGUUCAUAGUGGGUGCCAACAUCCUUGCAGGAGGGCCCUUCGAUGGGGCAUCGAUGAAUCCAGCUCUAGCUUUCGGUCCAUCUCUGGUUGGGUGGAGGUGGAGGAACCACUGGAUCUAUUGGGUGGGGCCUUUCAUUGGGGCGGCAAUCGCAGCUCUCAUCUAUGAGUUCAUACUAAUCCCAACAGAAGCCCCACACACCCACCAGCCCUUGGCCCCGGCUGAUUACUAG